CAGCCACAUUGCAGACUAACUAUACACUGUGUACAAAACAUUACGAACACCUGGGCUGUGACUGUCAGGUUGUGGUGCUGACCACAGUGCAUGCUGGGUAUACUGCAGCUGGUGGAGUUGCUGUCACAAUGGGUCUAGUGGCAGUCUGGGCCGACUGCACGCACCGGGUAGGAAGACAUUUUUUUAAUGACAUUUUUUAUUUAACUAGGUAAGUCAGUUAAGAACUCAUUUUUAAUUACAAUGACGGCCUACCCCGACCAAGCCCUAACCCGGGCGACGCCCAAUGGGAUUCUCAAUCAUGGCCGGUUGUGAUACAGCUUGGAAUCAAACCAGGUCUGUAGUGACGCCUCUUGCACUGAUAUGCAGUGCCUUAAACCGCUGCGCCACUCGGGAGCCGCCUGAGCUCAUGCCAUCAUUGCGACCGCACUCCAUCUGAGCACUGACUUUCUGGACCUCACAGGAUACUGCACACAGAGAAAGGAAAACGCAGGUUAGAAAGGAAAACGCACACACAGUUAAAUGAGAAUAUAGGGCUCUGGAAAGCCGGGGCACUUCAAUUGGUAUAUGUUACGUUUCAUAUGAAGAAAACUUUAACAGAAUCACCCACCACAACAGGACCAAGCGGCAUGGUGACAAGCAGCGGCAGCAGGAGCAGCGAAAUCCAGAUUUCUGGACAUGGGUGGAAAUCUUGGACGGUAAAGGACCCUGGGCACAGCCAGGAGAAUAUCACCGCCCCAAAGAAGAGCUGGAGGCGGAGAUGCGCUGGUAUGAGGAGGCAGCACGGCGACGCGGAUGGAAGCCCGAUAGUCAGCCCCAAAAAUGUAUUGGGCGGGGGCACACAGGGAGUAUGGCGAAGCCAGGUAGGAGACCUGCGCCAACUUCCGGUGCUUACCGGGGGGCUAGAGAGACCGGGCAGGCACUGUGUUAUGCUGUGGAGCGCACGGUGUCUCCAGUGCGGGUGCAUAGCCCAGUGCGGUACAUACCAGCCCAGUGCGGUACAUACCAGCUCCGCGUAUCGGCCGGGCUAGAGUGGGCAUCGAGCCAAGUGCCAUGAAGCCGGCUCUACGCAUCUGGUCUCCAGUGCGUCUCCUUGGGCCGGCUUACAUGGCACCAGCCUUGCGCACGGUGUCCCCGGUUCGCCUGCAUAGCCCAGUGCGGGUUAUUCCACCUCGCCGCACUGGCAGGGCGACCGGGAGUAUUCAACCAGGUAAGGUUGGGCAGGCUCGGUGCUCAAGAGCUCCAGUGCGCCUGCACAGUCCGGUCUAUCCAGUACCACCUCCACGCACCAGCCCUCCGGUGGCAGCUCCCCGCACCAGGCUUCCUGUGCGUGUCCUCGGCCCAGUACCACCAAAGCCAGCACCACACACCAGGCCUACAGUGCGCUUCGCCUGUCCAGCGCUGCCAGAGCCUUCCUCCUCUCCAGCGCUGCCGGAGUCUCCCGCCUGUCCAGCGCUGCCGGAGCCUUCCUCCUCGUCAGCGCUGCCGGAGUCUCCCGCCUGUCCAGAGCUGCCAGUCUGCAAGGAGCCGCCAGAGCUGCCAGUCUGCAAGGAGCCGCCAGAGCUGCCAGUCUGCAAGGAGCCGCCAGAGCUGCCAGUCUGCAAGGAGCUGCCAGUCUGCAAGGAGCCGCCGGAGCUGCCAGUCUGCAAGGAGCCGCCACUGUCACGCCCUGGCCUUAGUAUUUUGUGUUUUCUAUAUUAUUUUGGUCAGGCCAGGGUGUGACAUGGGUUGGUUUUGUCUAGGUUUUUUUUGUAGGUUAUGGGAUUGUGGUUAGUGGGGUUGUCUAGAAAAGUUUAUGGUUGCCUGGAGUGGUUCUCAAUCAGAGGCAGGUGUUUAUCGUUGUCUCUGAUUGGGAACCAUAUUUAGGCAGCCAUAUUCUUUGAGUGUUUCGUGGGUGAUUGUUCUUGUGUCUGUGUUUGACACAUCAAGGAAAACGCUAUGUCUGGCGCAAACCCAACACCUCUCAUCACCCCAAGAACACCAUACCCAACAUCAUUGUGUGGGAAUGUUUUUCAUCGGCAGUGACUGGGCAACUGGUCAGAAUUGAAGGAAUUAUGAAUGGCGCUAAAUACAGGGAGGUUCUUGAGGGAAACCUGUUUGUCUUCCAGAGAUUUGAGACUGGGACAGAGGUUCACCUACCAACAGGACAAUGACCCUAAGCAUACUGCUGAAAGCAACACUUGAGUGGUUUAAGGGGAAACAUUUAAAUGUCUUCAAUACAAUUGAGAAUCUGUGGUAUGACAUGCUGUACACCAGCGGAACCCAUCCAACUUGAAGGAGCUGGAGCAGUUUUGCCUUGAAGAAUGGGCAAAAAUCCCAGUGGAUUGCAAGGGGGGUCAAUGCCAAGGGGGGUGUACAUCAUUGGUCAAGCAUAAUUGGGAGUCAAUCUAUAGAUUUUAUUAUGUAUUUUCUAACCAAGGGCUGAGAUUUGUAUGGACUUAUCAGUGGCGAUUUUAGCAUGUAAAUCUUGGUGGAGCAAAAAAACAAUAAUGUGGGAUGCAGCAAAGCCACAACACUAAAUUAAUUACACUAUAACGGUGACAAACGGUGCCCACAAACUGUUAGGGCCUACAUACAGCUGUCCCAAUAGCAGAGUCCCAACAGCAGUCCCAACACCUUACCACUGCUACACCUGGCUAUCAGCGGAGCCUUGUCUGGCAUCGAAACAGUUCAUUCAGCCUCAUUUACUGCCUUUUAAAAAACAUAACUGAUAUGGCUGACUUGCUUAAACAAAUGUGGUUUCUACUGACAAUUGAGAUGUACAAACUGGCAUAAGGGGACAACAAGCGGAUAAGAGGCCAUCUGUAAUUUCAAUUUAGACAUUAAUGAGCGAGCUUGGACGGACGUAGUCAAUAUAACUAUUUGUUGAGCACUUUUGAAAUGUAUAGCGAUAGAAUUCAGAACAUGUGCCGUUCUUCCUGUACUCCAUGUCAGAACCGUAGGAUAAAUAAAGGGGGCAUGUAAAGUAGCCAAUGAAAGCUCUUGCAAUAUUCGAUGAUUAUAUUUCUCAAAAAUAGGUAAUAGGCUACGUGUGCACCACCAAAUCAGAACAGUAGGCAAAAUUAAGAGGUGGAAAUAUACCAAAUAAUUAAGGUGAGGCAUAUGGGCUACUAACAACUUACUGCACAACAUAUGUAACAGUAUACUUUUAAACCGUCCCCUCGCCCAUACCCGGGCGCGAACCAGGGACCUUCUGCGCACAACGACAACAGUCACCCUCGAAGCAUCGUUACCCAUCGCUCCACAAAAGCCGCGGCCCUUGCAGAGCAAGGGGAACUAGUACUUCAAGGUCUCAGAGCAAGUGACGUAACCGAUUGAAACGCUAUUUAGCGCACACCGCUAACUA